AUGGCACGGCCGGUUAAGAGGCAAGCACCACAAGGAGCACCAGCAGAGGAGAUUAAGGAGGAACACCUUUUGGCUUUCAUUCUGAAGGAGAAAUAUAAAGAUGACGCUGAAUGCAAAAAAAUUCUCAAGGAAUAUUGCGAUGAUUUGAAGAAAGUAGAUGCUGAAUUCAAAGUGAAUGAUAAAGUUAAAGGACUUUGUGUUGGUGAUGAUACAAAACGAAACGAAAAAUGCACAGGCCUGAAAGCCAAAGUUGAAAAAGUAUUGAAAACUUUUGAAGAUGAACUUGAAACUGCAUUGGUAGAGAUAAAUGAAGAAGAAUGUAAAAAACAUGAAGAAAAAUGUAUACUUUUAGAAGAGACGAAUCAUGAAGAUAUUAAGGAGAAGUGUGUCGAGUUGAGGGAAGGAUGUUACAAAUUGAAGCGUGAAAAGGUGGCAGAGGAUCUUCUUUUGAGGGCGCUCGGAAAGGAUGUUAAAAAUGGUGAAUGUGAAAAAAAGAUGAAAGAUGUUUGCUCAGUGUUAAGCCGAGAAAGCGAUGAAUUGAUGUCUUUUUGCCUUGAUUCUGCUAAAACGUGUGGAGAGCUGAAAACAAAAUUGGAUACUGUUUGCGAGGCUUUAAAAACAAAAUUGGCGAAAGAUUUCGAAAAAGAUUGUCAUGAAAGACUUGAGAAAUGUCAUUUUUACGGAGAAGCGUGUACUGAAACAAAGUGCGAGGAGGAUAAGACGAAAUGUGAGAAAGAAGGAGUCAUAUAUAAAGCGCCGGAAUCUGAUUCUAGUCCGGUGAAGCCGAGGGCGUCGUUGUUGAGAAGUAUUGGGUUGGAUGAUGUCUAUAAAAAAGCUGAAAAAGAUGGAAUUAUUAUUGGAAAAUCAGGAGUGGAUCUACCAAGGAAGUCAGGUACAAAAUUUCUGCAAGAUCUCUUGCUACUGUUGAGCAGAGAUGAGAAGCAGACGGAUACAGAUAAAAAGUGCAAAAAAGCAUUAGAAAAAUGUGGUGCUUCUAAGUAUUUGGAUACUGAUUUGAUGAAGUUAUGUGAUGGUAAAAAAGAGGACGAAUGCAAAAAAAUACUAGAUGUAAAUGUAAAAGAAAGAUGUACAAAUCUCAAAUUAAAACUUUAUCUCAAAGGGUUGUCUACAGGAUAUGAAAAAGCUGAUUCAGAUCUUUUAUUGUGGGGACAGCUGCCAACUUUUUUUAUAAAAGGAGAGUGUGCAGAACUUGAGUCGGAAUGUUUCUAUUUAGAAAAUGCGUGUAAGGAUAAUAAUAUUGAUAAAGCGUGCCAAAAUGCAAGAGCAGCGUGCUAUAAAAAGGGACAAGACAGGAUGUUGAAUAAGUUCUUUCAAAAGGAAUUGAAGGGAAAGCUUGGUCAUGUAAGAUUUUAUAGCGAUCCUAAAGAUUGUAAAAAAUAUGUGGUAGAAAACUGUACAAAACUUAAAAAAGAUAAAAGAUACCUUUCAAAAUGUCUUUAUCCUAAAGAACUAUGUUAUGGGCUUUCAAAUGAUAUUUUUCUCCAAUCCAAAGAGUUAAGUGCGCUUUUGGAUGAUCAAAGGGAUUUUCCAUUAGAAAAGGAUUGUGUUGAGUUGAAGGAGAAGUGUGAUGAACUUAGUAGUGAUUCAUUAUUGAAUUUAGAAAAGUGUAUAACAUUGAAAAGACGCUGUGAAUACUUUAAGGUUACAGAGGGAUUUAGAAAAGUAUUUUUAGAAAAAAAGGAUGAUUCGUUAAUGACUCAGGAAAACUGUACAAAGGUAUUGCAUGAGAAAUGUAAUACUUUAUAUAAGAGGAGAAAGAAUUUAUUUAGUGUUUCAUGUGCUUUACCAGAAGAAACAUGUAGUUAUAUGGUAUUCCAUACAAGUCAAGAUUGUAGUAGUUUAAAAGUCAACAUCAAGAAUGAAAAAAUUCUAGAAAAAAUUGGAGAAGAAAUUAAAAAAGCAAAUAAAAAUGAAGCCUUGGUUGAAGAACUCUGCACAACAUGGGGCCGACAUUGUCACCAACUUAUGGAGAAUUGUCCGGAUGACUUGAAAAAAAAAGAGAAUGGCAAUGGCAAUGAUCAUAACUGCGAAGCACUCCAAGAAAAAUGCAAUAAAACCUUUGAAAAGUUGAAAUUAGAGGAGGAGCUGAGUCAUCUGUUGAAAGGCAGUUUAAAGGAUGAUAAAUGUAAAGAAGCAUUAGGAAAGCGUUGCACUGAGUUGGAAAAGAAUGAAGCAUUCAAAACUCUGUAUGGUAAAUGUGAUGAUAAUACCAAGGAAAAUGUUUGCAAAAAAUUAGUUGAUAAAGUAAAAAAGAGAUGCCCUACUUUAAAAGACGAACUGGAGAAUGCGAAAAAAGAGUUGACAAAGAUGAAGAAUGAGUACGAUGAUCUCAAAAAGGCGGCAGAAAAAUCUACAGAGGUAGCUAAGUUAUUGCUAUCAAAGUCUGGAAAAGCCGCAAUGCCAACUGCGCAGAAUGGCAGUGAUUCUACACCAGUACCACCACCACAACAAGCACCAGCAGGGCCAUCAGGAUCAGGGUCACCACCAGGAUCAGGGCCAUCAACUGAUGGAAAGGCGGACAUGCCAGGUGGAGGAUCAGGGACACCAGAUGGAGGAUCAGGCACACCAGAUAAAGGAUCAGGAACACCAAGCAGUGGAACGACGGGCCCUGCAAAACUUGGACUCGUUAAAAGAGCAUAUGUAGCUGAAGGAGUAUCAGAAGCAGAAGUAAAAGCAUUUGAUGCAACGACGAUAGCAUUGGAGCUGUAUUUGGAAUUGAAAGAGGAAUGCAAUGCUUUAGAACUAGAUUGCGGUUUUAAAGAGGAUUGUUCAGAUCUUCAAGUUUGCGGAGAAAUAGACAAGUUAUGCAAAGAAAUAAAACCAUUAGAAAUUAAGCCUCAUCAUACAGAGACGCAAAAAGAAAUCUCAACCACUACGACGACCACUACGACGACCACUACCACAACUACUACUACGACUACUACGACUACUACUACGACAACCAAGCAGGGAAGUGGAGGAAAAGUAACAGAAGAGUGUACAAUGAUACAGACGACAGAUACAUGGGUGACAAGUACGUCAUUGCAUACGAGUACGACAACGAGUACGUCGACAGUGACGUCGACAGUGACGUUGACGUCGAUGCGCAAGUGCAAACCUACCAAAUGUACCACCGAUUCAAACAAAGAGACAGAUAAAGGAGGAGAAGAAGAAGAAGAAGUAAAACCAAAUGAUGGGAUGAAAAUAAGAGUUCCUGAUAUGAUUAAAAUAAUGUUGUUGGGAGUGAUUGUUAUGGGGAUGAUGUAA